AUGUCGUCAAUCAAUACAGUUGCGGUGUUCGGCUCGUUCCCACCGCAGGUGAAGAUAGCCAUCACCGACUCCAGUACACAAUCGCUACACCAAGCGUUGACAGGACAAGACGCCGUGCUAUGUGUCCUGGGCCAUACUGUAUCUGACAGGCAGGUUGAUGUGAUCAAUGCUACUGCGAAGGUCGGCGUCAAGACGUUCAACCCAAGCGACUUUGGAACUCCCAAAGGGCCCAACGACGUCCCGGAGUACCGCGCUAUCCUGAGGAAAAAGGCACAAGCACACGCGCUUCUGGAGGAGAAGGCCAAAGAAGACGACAAGUUCACUUGGACCUCAUUCUGGAAUGGUUCUCUUCUAAACCGGUCUAUGGCCUUGUUUCCCAAUUUCGGCUUCGACCUCAAGAACCACUCAGUCACGAUUUACAACUCAGGCAACGAGUCCUUCACAGCUAUGAGCAUUGGAAGGAUCGGCAAGCCAAUCGCUGCAGUCUUCAAGCAUCCCGAGGAGACAAAAAACCGAUAUGUCAGGCUUUUCGCUUUUACAAUCUCACAGCGAACAAUCCUCGAAGCACUGGAGGGACUGACGAACUAG